AUGUUUCCCCGCUCCAUCGUCGCUGUCAUCGUUGUCGCUGCCGUCUGUAGCUCGGUAAAUGCGCAGGUUUCCAACUGCGCCCGUAACUACACCGUCGUCUCAGGGGACACCUGUGACGAGAUCGCUGGCAAGGAGAACGUGUCUAGCUUCCAGCUUGCCACGGUGAACAAAGCGACCAUCAAUGCGGGUUGCACUAACCUGAGAGCUGGAGAGGAGCUGUGCCUCGGCAUUGUCGGACAGGACUGCGAGGUCACACAUGUUGUCGCCAACGGCGAUACCUGUGAGUCUAUUGCGGAGGCUGCCGGGACGACCCUCGAUAUCCUCCUGGAGAACAACCCCAACGUCAAUAGCGAGUGCAACAACAUCCAUCCUGGAGAGGUAUUGUGCACGGCGAAAGAUGUGAUUGCCUAG